CCCUUCAAUAUUAAAUGGCUGAGAGAGACAUAAUAUCUCGUUUUGGUCAUCUCCUGAAGCCGAUACGCGACCUUGCAAAGAACUGGGACGUUGAUGUAGCCUCAGAACUUGAAGAAUAUUUAUUAGAACUUGAAGAGAUCACUAUUGCAUUUGAAGGAGGAAAGGCUAAUUUGAAUUUUGCUGAAGCAGCUCUUGUUAUUCAAGGCUCAGCUUGUGUGUACAGUCGUAAGGUUGAGUAUCUUCAUGCUCUUGUUUAUCAAACACUUGAACUUAUUGUCAAUAAAAA